AAGCACAGCCGACACAGAAGAGCUCGCUUAGAUCCGGCGGUUAGUCGUCGUUUAAACGUUAAAAAGUGGUCGUACAUUUACUUGUCCUCUAAAGGUGCCCGUCCGAAUCUUGUUGGGAAGAAGUUUACUAUGAAACCCAGGGUAAUUAAGCAGCGUCCACUUCCUCUUUCUGCCUUAAGCCAGCUCCGCCCCCGCUUGGCUUGUUGCUUCCUCCCUCUCCGUUUUCCCCUUUUCUCCGCCUGCCUUUCAGUCUGUCCGCGCCAUGGCGAAGUUGGGGAGCUUUUCUGGGAAGCUACGGCACUGCCUGGGAUCUCAGCGAGGGGCUCCCUGCCCGGAUCUACUUCGGAGGGGCGCAUCCAGCGCGGCGCAGACAGCUCCGGUCUCCCGGGAUGAGGCGCGGCUGAAGCGGCCGGACGAGUUACCCGGGCCGGGCAUUCUUGGAUCCAUCUACUGGCUCUUCGUGAGGGGCUACUUGCUGCACACGCACCGUCUGCAGGUCAUUUCUAAGAAGAGGUAUGGCCCCAUCUGGCGAUCUUGGUUUGGUUCUUAUAAUAAUAUUAACAUUGGCAGUCCUGAAGUCCUAGAGCAGCUGGUGCGUCAAGAGGGGAAGUACCCCAUCCGAAGUGACAUGGCCCUCUGGAAGGAACACCGGGACAUACGACACUUGCCCUAUGGCCCCUUCACUGAGGAAGGGGAGCGGUGGUACCGCCUGCGGCAAGUGCUGAACAAGAGGAUGCUCAAACCUUCAGAGGCUGUUUUGUAUGCAGAUGCCAUCAAUGAGGUGGUAUCUGACCUGAUGGUGUGUCUGGAGGCUGAGAGAAAAAAGAGCCCUUCAGGGGUAGUGGUCCAAGAUAUGGCCAGUGUAUUAUACAGGUUUGCCUUGGAAGGCAUCUCGUACAUCCUCUUUGAGACCCGCAUUGGCUGUCUAGAGAAGCAGAUCCCUGCUGAGACGCAGUGCUUUAUCCAUGCAAUUGGUUACAUGCUGAAGAAUUCAGUCUUUGUCACCAUCCUGCCCAAGUGGACCCGGGAUAUACUGCCUUUCUGGAGCCGCUACCUACAGGGCUGGGACACAAUCUUUGCCUUCGGCAAAAAGCUGAUUGAUCAGAAGAUGGUGGCGUUAGAGGGGUCUCUGGACCGGGGCGAGGUUGUCUCCGGCUACCUAACUUACCUGCUGUCCAGUGGGCGGCUUAACCAUGAAGAGGUAUAUGGCAGCAUAGCUGAACUACUGCUGGCUGGCGUAGACACGACAUCCAAUACCCUCUCAUGGGCCAUGUAUCACUUGGCCAAAGACCUGGAGACCCAGAAAGCCUUAUACCAGGAGGUGAUCAGUGUGGUACCUGAAGACCGGCUCCCUGAUGCCAAGGACCUCACCAAGAUGCCACUGCUUAAGGCAGUAAUCAAGGAGACUCUCAGGCUUUACCCCGUGGUCCCCACCAAUGCUCGAGUCAUUGCAGAAGCGGAUGUGGUUGUCAGAGGAUACAAGUUUCCAAAGGAUACUCUCUUCGUGUUGGCCCACUACGCUCUCUCACAUGAUGAGUCCAACUUUCCAGAGCCAGAGCGCUUCCUGCCACGUCGCUGGCUGCGAGAUCAGAGAGACUUGCCUCCCCACCCCUUCAGCUCCAUCCCUUUUGGCUAUGGAGUGCGUGCAUGUUUGGGGCGCCGCAUUGCUGAGCUCGAGAUGCAUCUGGCUCUUGCCAGGCUCAUCCGGACAUUCUCAGUCAGGCCAGACCCACAGUGCACAGAGGUGAAGCCCCUCGCCCGCAUUGUGCUUGUCCCCGACAGACCUAUUAACCUGGAGCUGCUUGACAGACAGAGAGUGCUUUAAGAUGGGAGUGGCAAGCCCACAGACUGGAUCGGCCCCACCCCAAGCCAUUUGAAAUGGUCCACCAGCCUCCAUCUUCCUCCCCUCUGCAGUGCUGGGACAGGAAGAUAGUUUCACAUCUCUUCACAAAGCCCAGUGCUGCAGUGUGCGUGCGUGCAUGCAUAUGUGUGAGUAACUGAGAGAAUGUGUCCUGUAUGUCUGCAUGUGUGGGGAAUGUAUGUGGGAUGGGUACAGUGUGCAUGUGUUCGGUGGCAUUUUGGCCAUAGUGGCUGCUAGCAUGUGGUCCUUGAAGGGCUGGCCAACCUUGAACGUAGCUCUCAGAUGAACAAUGGUUAGUCACCCCUGCUUUAAGCAGCCCUUGGGUGACACUCCUUAAUUUCAUCUGAAGAGUCUGCAAAAACUGUGUUUGUGCCUUGGCUGAUUAGCUAGUGGAUUUUUCUGUACACAAAUAAUUUCUGACAUUUGCUGCUGUUCUACAAUUUUCUCCUGUGAAUCUUGCAAGGCUUGGCACCAUAUUCUGCUCCCAAUUCAUACUUACAAUUUAUAUGUCAGAAUAGGUACAGUUAGUCAGUUUGCCUCAAAACUGACUUGGCCCUCUGCAUCAUUUCUCUUCCCUGGGCUCCCAGAUGCCCAAAAAUAAAAUUGUAGUAGCUCAAUGAUGUUUAAAGUCCUUCCUUCCACCCUGCAACAUGAAAUCUUCUGCUCUCGGCUUCUUUGAGGGCCCUAGAGCUCCUAGUGCAUUUGUACAUGCAGAUUGAGCAUAGAAUUUCAAAUAGCAUUUUAUAAAAAUGCAGCAUUUCAAAUGCAGGUUUUGAAAUGUUCAAUUAAACUUUGUUGUUGUUAUGUGCCUUCAAGUCAAUUACGACUUAUGGCGACCUCCAAUAGCAUCUGUUGUGAACCACCCUGUUCAGAUCUUGUAAGUUCAGGUCUGUGGUUUCCUUUAUGGAAUCAAUCCAUCUCUUGUUUGGCCUUCCUCUUUUUCUACUCCCUUCUGUUUUUCCCAGCAUUAUUGUCUUUUCAAGUGAAUCAGGUCUUCUCAUUAUGUGUCCAAAGUAUGAUAACCUCAGUUUCAUCAUUUUAGUUUCUAGCAAUAGUUCUGGUUUAAUUUGUGCUAACACCCAAUUAUUUGUCUUUUCCACAGUUCAUGUAUGUGCAAAGCUCUCCUCCAACACCGCAUUUCAAAUGAGUUGAUUUUUAGUAAUAGUCAAAUUUUACAAAAAAAAUGAUUCUAUAUAGUAACAGGGAAAGAAAGGUCCAAAAAAGCUGUCUAACAAUACAUUUUUCAUAGUUAAAAAUUCAAACAAGAUUAGGGCAAAUGAAAACCAAUAUUCUUUUAUAAUUUUGAGGGGGAAAAGAUUUUUCACGCCUGUCAUGCCUUAACCUGUUAAGACUUAGAAGUUGCUUAUGAAUCUUCAUAGCCUGGAAUACAAACUUUGCAACUGU